CAGGAUGAAACUGACGGCGUGUUUUUCGGAGGAAAGUGCCUCUGGGGUGUCGUUACCUGGCGGCUUUCCGGGGUGUCUCAUUACCAGAAGCGUAUAUUUGAGGACAAAUGAGGAGUGUAUUACCAUUUUGUCGAUGCCUGAGGAUUAUGGACCAUUACAAUAACGACCGGCGGUGUAACGGGUUUGGAUAACUGCCUGUGUACUCUUUAUUCUUCUUCGUGUCCUUCUCUUUAUUUACAACAGCCCACACAUUUUUAACGCAGUCGUGCUGGACGAUUUUUUUUCUCUCGCAAAAAUGUUGAAUUUAGCGCUCUGUCGACGUGAAGGAUAUUCAUGGCGCAUCGUUUUGUGUUAUUGGACAUGAAUGUGUGAGGAGCAGAAACCUGUGGACAGGCGCCGUUUCACAGACAGUAUGAUACAAUAUUUUGACAUAACCGUUAUUUUUUGUGUUACGCUCUAUUGCGCAUGCCUAGUGGAAGAUACAGAAAGCUGCCCGACGCCACUUCGCUCCGUCCUGGCCGUGAUGUAGGAGCAAAAGUGAAGGGAGCGGAGGACUAAAUAAAAAUGCGUUGGCAAAGUGGCAGCGUGGCGACCAAAGGAUUUGACUUGAGAUCCUACACGAAAUAGAUUGUGCCAUAAACUGAAGAAUGUCAGGGUCACCUAAUGCAGAGGCUGAAGGAGUAGUCUCCAAAGUGAAAGUGAAAAAGGAGAUCAAGACAAUCGUGGAGAAUUUGGAAACCAUCCUGGGAGACCUCAAGGAUGUAGCCAAAGAGCUCAAAGAGGUUGUUCAUGACAUUGACACACUGACUGGUGAUCUACAACUGGAGGAGGACGGCCUGACAGACAGCUCUAAGACAGACACGCUGAACUCCAGCUCAAGUUCCACCACCACUACUACUACCGCUUCCAGCCUGGAGAAGAUGAAGCUCUUCCCUGAUGACUGCAUCUUCAGACAACCAGCGUUUAUCGACCCGGUCCCUGUCAACCCUCUUGCAGUCCUGACUGUACUUAAGAAACCCCACCCUCCCCUACCGCCACCUAGACUUACCCCGCUGAGAGCCGAGGAUCACAACAUUAAGAAUCUGCCUCAUCCGACAUUAGUGUUAUCAGGGAAUAUAUCCAAGGCUACCGGGUCUCUAAUGAGGAAUGGUGGGGUUUUUCCAUUGAAACCAAACAGGGAUUUAUUCUCUUCUACCCCAUGUUUCAUUUCUAAUGACAGUGGAAUCCCGGAGUCGGGUCUUGUUCCUACAUUACCCAGGCCUAUGCCUCUUCUCCGCCAUGAAAAGAACAAAUGCCCCAAGGCCCCUGGCAGAGAGUCUCGUGAGAGGGAGCGUGUCCGGUUCAGUGAAAAGGUCCAGUACCACGGCUACUGCCCGGACUGCGACCUCCAAUAUGAUGUAGACGACACAGAACUACACUUGCAGGCUGAGCUGAACGACCUGAGGCUCAGCCCAGUGCAUUGCUGCUCUUCCUCCUCCCCUCCUCCUCCUCAUGCUCUUCCUCAUGAACUUAUGUUGGAAAACGGCGGCCUCUCGGCCAGCCACAGUUUCCCACCGACAGCAAACACACCUCCACCUUGUGUGCCUCCUCACCCGCCUUCCCUCAAGCCCCAGAAAACAAUCCUACGCAAAUCAACCACUACCACGGUUUGACGCAGAACCCCCCUUGUUCUGUCUAACUUAAACAUUCUUGAAUCAUUCAUAGUGUUUUCUACUUUAUGAGCGCUUUCUACUCGAGCUGAACUUUGGAUUAUCCAAAAAGAAAGAGGAAGAGUUGGGAAAAGGAUGGAUGAAGUGAGUGGAACGGAGAGAAAGGCAUCGCCAUGGGCGCUGAGACGUACACAGAGAGAUCAGGAAGAAGCGGGCCCACUGAGAUACUUGAGGUACAAGUGGAAGGGAUGCUUGUUUCGUACACUUAUCAACCCUGGUUGUUCAGGGCGGGCAGGAGGAGCCGGAGCUGAGGCCAAGCAUCAACCUUUUUUUUGUUAAAUAUAUCACUAAUGGCUCUCCACAGAGCAGGAGAUCAUCCAGACAAAAUAAUACUUUUGAGCAGUAUGGGCACAGUUGUGCCAAGGCAAUGUUACUGUGAAACUGGGGAAAUAGGAGGGGAUAGAUUAACUAUAGUUGUGGCUGUGAUAUUUUUGUUGCAUAGAAAUAGCUGAAUUAAAGAUUUGAAUGCUGCUGAAACCCUAUCAUCAAAAGUAAAGAGGCAAUUUUCGAUGAAGAGGUACAACAUGGGGUGAAAUGAUGUCAGCCAGUAUUUGAUUGAUGUCUACACAGACUUUUGCUCUGUGCAUACUCAGAUGGAAAUCAAUAGCUCCACUCAACGAUGGAAUUUGCCUUUUAAGAAUUGUAAUUGUUUGUGUCUGGAGAGCCUGACACGUCUGCCUGUGAACAAAACACUGCUGGACUGCAGAUAAGGAGAGAAUAUUAUGUCAGAAUGCGCCAUAUGCUCAAUCAUAGUGUAUUUUUAAAACGGUUUGAAAUUAAUGAAGAUGUGGUCACUGAUCUGUGUCCAGACAUUAUGUUCAUUGUGUGCUCAACCAGUGUCAUGCAAGCUAUGUUUUUUUCACAAUAAAAUGCAGAGAUUCAGUAUAGUGCCAUAGUUACAGCUUUAAAGGAUCCUUGAAGAAGUAAUAAUUUGCAUCAAAUUUUCUUUGUAUACAAAUAUACAUGUACAUGUUUGAUAUAUAUAUAUUUCAGGCAUUUUUCUACAGAGACUUUAACAUUUAAAAAGAUGAUAUUUUUGAUAUUGUGUUGGAAGACUGAGAGGUAUUUUGACGAAAGCUGACAUUCCCUCGAGGGACCUGUUUUCCAGCAGGGAAUAGCAGGAUAGUUUAUUUAUAUAUAGCAACAGGAUGGUGUUUGUAUGGAUAAAAAACAAGUGCUUCAGUCGUAUCACUUCAACAAACUUUACAGAGCGGGGUGUAUUGUGAGAAAGAACAUGUACGGUGGAGAUUAAUGGCGUAAACCAAAUACCUUGUUGUGCUUUAUCAGACGGGAGGCAUGGGGCUGAAUGAAUGCAUGACUGACUCUUCACUUUGUCCUGCCAUCACUGUGUUUUUCUAUGCAUUUCUGUGGAGAGGCUGUCUGUUGGUGGGUCCAACAUGCAGGGUGCUCUGCUCUCCAUAUCACAGAGUUAACAAGAAUUCCCUCUCAUUUUCUCAAAUGAAGUCAUCAGGUUAUUUGUGCAGCCACUACAAACCUGACAUAUGAUCACAUUGCUUAGGCCAAUGAUUUAUUGGUAACUAAAUAAAGAAAAUAAUAAAGUUUAUCCAUAUAGCACUUAUUAAAACCAGAGAUUAUUAAAAAAGGAAACAGAAAAAUAAAGAAACAGAGAAAAAAAGGGAGAAUAGGUGAAUGAACAUUUUCAUAGGCCUUUUUGGAUCAUUAAAAAAGUAUGAGGAAAGCCUCUCUCCAUAUUCAAACUGGAGGCACCACACUUGUAAACUCCACCUCUUUGUUCUCACUGGACACAGAGACUGAGGUCAUGACCAAACUCUGGAUCAAUCAAGAAUCAGUUUUAAAGAUGAUUGGAAUGUCUGAAAAAAAAAGCUGUUGGUGAUAUUUUGUUGUGUGUGUCCACAAACUGUUGGAAAAAGUAAACACUUUACACUUAA